GUCUUGUUUCACAUCUGUAGUUGAAAGUUAAUUGUUCUCAUUUGAUGUUUAGGAAAGGCAUUUUUGCACAUGUUACCAAUAUUUAAUUCUUGACAUCUCUUUCCUGCCUCACGAUAUCAAUGUCAUUUGCUCAUACUUGUUAUCAACUUUAUGGUUAGAUCUUAGGAUCGUGUUCUUUGAAUUUGUUAUGCUUAGCUCUACCUAAUUUCAGUGUUGUAAAUUAAUGUCAUACACGGAUUUCCCCUGUUCUUGCAAUUUUCUAUCCUUAAUUUAAUUGGCUGGUCAGUACGAAAGGGGGAGGAGUUGUCAAAGAUUAGAUGUGAGUGAGUUUGUAAGUGAGUCACUUUUAGACCAUUCUUUGUUAAAUUCAGUUUGUUUAAUCUUAAGAAAUCCUUUGUUAAAUUCAGUUGUUUUAAAUUGUAUUUGUGAAAUUCAUAUUUUUGGACUUACAAUAAAUUCUAAACUUUAAAAACCGACUUAUCAAUUGACAAUUUAUUACAAAAAUAGGACUGUAUGUGAUGAUCAAUGAAUAUUCAGGGAAUCGAAGAAAAAGGAUGGAGAGCUGAAUUUGCUAAAAAAUUAUAGAGCUUCCCCAGAAGAUUUUUAUUUGUGUUGACCUUAACAGAAAGAAUCUUACACUAAAGCCAAGACUUCUAUUGAUCUAAACAGAACACAAUGCAACAUGCGAUGCAAAAUGACAAAAAAGAAAGACAGAAUAGAAGACACUGAAUCUCUGCAGUUAUAAUACCUGUAGAAAAUAUAAAGGAAAUUGUUUUUUUUAAAAAUGCAAUGUCGAUAUAUCCAUCUUCCCACUGUAGGUUCAUAACCCGGCAAGAAAAGAAAGGUGCAAAUUCACCGCUAUCUUGAUACUGGGGGUAAUUAAGGAUAUCAAAACUGUAAAGACGCCUCAGCGUAUCAAGAAAGCAUGUUUGAAAACUGUGUCUUGCAUAAAAAACAGGCUUAUAAUUUUUGGUGUGAGGAGUGCAAAGUGCCGGCAUGUAAUAGAUGUGCAGAUCAUUUCAAUCAUACUGUAAUAGAUAUACAAGAAGCUGUCGAAAGAAAAAUAGCAGAAAACAAACAAACCUUCAUGAAAAUUUGCAAUAGGAUACUGCCGUUCAAUCUUUCGAUUAAGAUUAGGGCUCAGGAAGAUAUAAACAGUAGUGGCGCCCUGUCGAAUAAAUUACUCGGGUACAUGCUUGAAAAAGGAAAGAGGUUAAAAAUAUUGUUGGAUAGAUUUGUUUCCAAUGAUUGUGCUUUUAUGUCCAGAAAAUCCAGUAGCAUACUUCGUAAGCAAAUGGUGAUGACCAAUACGCACUUCAGAAAAUUACAAAACCUUUGCGACGAAAUCGACCAGUUAGCCAACAAGCCUGUAAAAUUUCUUUUUUUUCUGACUGGGAAACCUUUUAAACGUCUGAAAUGUGUACCCAAAAAUAUAUCAAAAUUAAGUUCAACGUGUUCAGACGAAAAUUCUAACAUAACUGAAAUAGUCCAGAUACUGGCAGAUUUCACCAUCAAAGACGAAAAUAUAAAAGUCGAGCCAGAAAAUAUAAUGCACCAACCAACUCUUUUUUCUUCGAUUCCUCUGAAAGACAUAAAUCGUGUAUGUCAUAUUAAUUGCGUAACUUCAAACCUGAUUUGGAUCAGUGACUAUAAAAAUAAUCUCUUGUUGAUGAGAAUUGAUGAAAACAGGAUAUCUGUAGCUCACCGAAUUCUUGAAGACUUUUGGGGACUUGGUGUGUACACGGUGUCCACAACAGGCGACCUGAUUUAUAUUGACAAAGGGUCAGAAAUCAGGAAACUAUCUUCAGAUUGUAAAACGAAAGUAAGUUUGUUUAAAAUAGGUAAUGGCUGGCGACCACGGUGCAUUCAUUAUUCCCAUCUCAACAGGGACUUAGUCAUUGGAAUGUGGAAGAAAAAGAGAUGCCGAAUAGUCAGGUAUGAUAUUUCGGGUCAAGAAAUCCAAGAUUCUGAGAAUGGAAGUCCGACACUAUAUAAAUAUCCGGCUUACAUAACAGAAAACUGGAACGGUGACGUCAUCGUAGCAGAUUUGGAUAAACAGGCAGUUAUAGUAACAGAUCACGAAGGUGUCUAUCGAUUUUCCUAUGAAGGUCCACCAAAUGGACCAAAGUUGGACCCACGUGGAAUCUGUGUAAAUGUACUUGAACAUAUAUUAGUUUGUGACUGGACAAGCAGUUCAGUGCAAGUAAUUAAUAAAGACGGGGUAUUUCUGCUUACAUUGCUUACUGCUAGCAGAAACAGUCCACCAUAUGGGAUAUGUUAUGAUGAAGCAAAACAUCUUCUUUGGGUUGGCUGUGAUAACUCUAGCAAAGUGACUGUGUUUAAAUAUCUGAAUUAGACGUGAAAUUGCUACUGCUUUUAGUGAAUUGCCAUGUACGAUAGAUCCUUCAUCACCAAUG